GUAAAAGUGAAAGCGUUGUUAUGUAUGUUGGUGUUUCAGGGGAAGUUUCUUGUUGUCUGCUCUUCAUUUGGUGUCAUCCAAAGCAAAAGAAAGCAUCAGAUUUAAGAGCUAAACGAAGCCAUGAGGGAUAUUUCCACCAUCUAUAAACUCUCUGUGAUUGUUUUUGCUCUAAUUGGUGGUGUGUUUAGUUCAAGAUGCUCGGUGUUGGAGUGCUGGUUUGUUCAGGAGAGGCCGGGUGGUGGAGGUUUCUCAACAAGAAUGACACAGGAGAAAUCCGCACUGUACAUCAGAACCGACCCUGACAGCGAGAAGAUUGAACACAAACCUCCGUCAGACGUCAGUUCCUCCAGGAUUUACUACGUGUCUGAUCCUGCGUCCACUUUCUGCAACUCUGCCCUCCAUCCACCAGAGGGCACUUUGAACAAACCGCAGUGUGAGAUAAACCCUUUCUUCCCUCAAGCCUCCAUGGUCAAAUGGGCCGCCCCCCUAACUGCCUCCGCACAAAGCCCCAUCUACCUGAGUGCUGACUGGUAUUCUGUAGCAGCACAAGGUCUUAACGGAGAACUAACGCUGGCCAACGUGAUGCGGGCGCCGUCUGGGUCUAAUGAGCCGAGCGUAAUCCUCAGCGUCUUCAGUAAAACCUCCAUCAUCCGUUCCAGACUGGGAGAGUCUGUUCUUCUCGACUGUGGGUUCUGGGUCGACCCGUCUUCACCGCUGCAUGGUUCUGGCUUCGCUGUAGAGUGGCGUUACCAGUUCCGCGGUGAAGGCAGGCUGAUCGUAGCUUAUGACGGAAUGAACGACCGCUUUUCCGAGACGUCAGUGACGGACGCUGACUUGGACAUCGCAGGUCUUUUUGAGAGCAGAAAUGCAUCACUGGUUCUGAAAGAGGCCCAAGUGAGCCAUGUUGGAACGUACAUCUGCACCAUUUAUCUCCCUCACCUUCUGGCUCAGGUGGCCUUAGAGCUAGAGGUUAUUGAGCCUCCAUCGCUGACGGUCUACCCCUCAUCUCUGCCUCUGUCAAUCCCGGGGCAGGUGCUGACGGUCCACUGCGAGGCCUCUGGUUUCUUUCCCCUGUCUCUGGACCUGGAGUGGGAGUUCACUGAUGCUGAAGGGAAGAAGCGUUCGCUCGGUCAGGGCAGCGUGACGGGCCACAGGCAGGCCAGCGACAAGACCUACAGCCAGAGCUCUCACUUACAGCUCGACUCGGCUAAACUGGGACUCGGGCGAGGCGGAGAGGUCAGCUGUGUAGCCAAACACCAGGGAGGAACUCGACGGGCCACUGUGACUCUGAACAUCAUCGGUGUGAGCGCUCCGUCUGUGGAGGACUCCAUGGCCAUGGUCGCUGUGGCGCUUGUACUUUAUGGUGUAAUUAAAGUCUUUUUCUGGACUUUCAGCUCUAACGGAAUGAGCAAUGAAGACUCCACUGAUAAGAAGAAAAAAUAAUCCUGGAGCUCAAUGAGGCCCUCACAUGUGAACAUCUCAUCAGUCUGCAGAUGCUGUGUAAUAUACGACACCUGAAAAUAAUCCUCCAGGAAAGAUGUAGACUUUCUGAUAAAAACCUUUUCAUGUUCCUUUACUUUUGAUGUGCACUAUUUUGUGUGUUUAUACAGUUAGAAAUAGCAUGUAGGUGUUUUUUGGUGGUAUUUGUGUUUGGUGUUUAAGGAUUUAUUGCUGUAAAUUUGUAAUAAAAAACAGAAUUGUGUUUAUAACAUGA